AUGACCCUCAUCCUGGGCUACACCAUCUUCCUGAUCAUCAUGAACGACCUGCUGCCUCUCACUGGGGAGACGACACCUCUCAUCAUGAAACCCACUCUGGACCCGACCCUGGAUGAACUGAGGAGGCUGAGCAGAGAUAUCAAGGCCGUCCGCCUCCAGAUAGACAAACACUUCCAGGGGAGCAAAAGCUCGCAGGAAUGUAAACUGUCCUGUAAAGAAGGCCACAGUGGUCCAACCCAUGAGUCCAUGCAGGCUGUGUUUGACCUAAAACCCUUCAGGCCAGCAGUGAACCUCAGCAAUCCCACCAUAGCUAACAUCUCCUUCACCCUGUAUGCUGUUCUGGGGGUGAAUGAGAAAACCCAAAUACUCACUACUUUCUUGUGGCUGAGACAGUUCUGGCAGCACGAGUUCCUGGUUUGGGACCCUGAUGAGUGUGACGGUGUCACCAGGAUUUCUCUCCCUGUGGAGAAGCUCUGGUCUCCAGACAUCAUAGUUUAUGAGUUUGUGGAUGACGAUGUUUCCCAAGCGUGCCCUUACGUCUACCUCAACCACACGGGUCACAUCCGCUGGGACAGGAUGCUUCGGCUCGUCUCAGCCUGCAACCUGGAGAUCUUCAGUUUUCCUUUCGACAUGCAGAAUUGCUCAUUUACAUUCGGCUCCUACAUGCAUACUAUAAGGGAUGUGAGGCUCAGUCCAGCUUUGACCUUUCAGGAGAUGUCUCGAAACUCAAAGCGUUACCUGGAAGCCAGUGGGGAGUGGGAACUGGUGGACCUACUGGGAGAGACCUCCAUCCUCCAGUUUGGGAUCGACGAAUGGGACAUUAUCACCUUCUGGGUGGUCAUAAAGCGGCGGCCGGUGCUCUACGUGGUCAAUCUGCUGAUCCCCAGCUCCUUCCUCAUGCUCAUCGACAUCCUGUCCUUCUACCUGCCCCCCCAUAGCGUUGACCGCGCCUCCUUCAAGAUGACUCUCAUCCUGGGCUACACCGUCUUCCUGCUCAUCAUGAACGACCUGCUGCCCAGCACAGCAAACGGCACACCCCUCAUAGGUAUCUAUUUCUCUGUGUGUCUGGCCCUCAUGGUCAUCAGCCUGUUGGAGACGGUCAUCAUUACCAAUGUCCUCCACCACAACUCCAUGAAAUAUAAAGAGGUUCCAAACUGGGUAAGGGUGGUAGUGCUCAAACACAUAGCCAACCUCAUCUGUUACCGAUGGACGGAGGACGUCCAGCCCCCCACUACGCCACAGAAGGAUGAACCGGAAAUUUCAAAUGUCAAUUCUGGGUUGUGGAUCAUCCAACCAGCCAGCCAGACACCUGCCCAGGACCCAACCAGCAGCAGAGGUGCAGCUGCUCUGCCUGAACUACAACAGAUCUGUCAAUACCUGGGAGACCUCCAUGCCCACCUCACCUCGAUGCACAAGGAGAGCGAGCUGCUGGACCAGUGGUGCCACGUAGGAUAUGUCCUGGACUUCCUGCUCUUCCGCAUCUAUCUGCUGCUCAUCUCCUGUUACGCGCUGGUCAUCAUCUCCAUGUGGUGCGUCUGGAUCAGCCAGUCCUAA